AUGGGUCCAAUGCCUCUCAACGGGCAAAACCAUGCGCUAAGGAAAGGGCUCACCCAGACAGGGCAGGAAAACUGGUCACAAGCUGCUGUUUCUGUGCUCACAGUUGGAAAAGUAGCUGAUAGUGUGCAGGAGGCCAGGGUCUAUCUCAUUGAUAUCAACGCCUGUAACAGCAGCCGGAGGUAUCCAGGGGACAUCCUUAGCCACAACUUAUGCACCGGGUACCUGCAGAGCGGCAUCGACUCGUGCCAGGGUGACAGUGGUGGUCCCCUUGCAUGCAAAGAUAACAAUGCUGACUACUACUGGGUUGUGGGAGUGACCAGCUGGGGGAAAGGCUGCGUGAGAGCACAACAGCCAGGAGUCUACACCUCCACUCUGCACUUCUAUGAAUGGAUCCUCGUACAGAUGGGACUGCACCCAGGAACAACAGCUAAUCCAACACUACAGCCAGUCUUCACCUCACCUCCUACUCAGAGGCCAAGGCCAAAGCCAAAGCCAAAAUCAAAGUCAAAGUCAAAGCCAAAGCCAAGACCAACAGAAUCAGGCACCAUUAACUCCUGCCCAUUUCCACAACAGAAGCUGGUGAAACUCCUUACUCAGGUGCAGGAGCUCCUGAAGGCCCUAAAGGAAAAAAGGCUUUCAGCAGCAGGAUGAACAGGAGCCAGGGUAGGCUGCAGUGUACCACAGCCAUUUCCCUCUGGGGCAAUGCAUGCUUACUCAAAAGCUGCCUCACUAUCAAAGGCCUGCUCCAUCUUUCCAUGCUCUUCAUAAUUCAGACAAAUGUUGACUUGUUCCUGAAAUAAAGCUAGUUGUUUUCACAGCUAACAUGCAUCAGUACAA